ACACAAGUCUUGUGAAUAAAACCAAAAAGAAAGUCUCUAGUAAGCAAGUCCUUCUCUUGGCCUUCCUUCCCUCGCUUUCGAGUCUAUUUAACUCCAAUUUUGUCAUUCCUAUAUACUCUUCCACCUUACAUGAUCAAAUCUUGUUUGUUUCGUCAACCCAACUUCCAUAUAUACCCCAACUAAACCACCUUACCUUAUAAACAAUACAAUAAAAAUAAAAACAAGUUUGGUUUUGGUUUUUCUUUUUUAUUUUUUUUUUGAAUAAAAAACAAGUAUGAAUAGGGAAGGGAGGUUGAUGGUGGUUGUGUUGGUGGUGAUAGUCGUUGCGACGCGAUGUACGAGUGGGAGGUUUGUGGUGGAGAAGAACAGCAUAACGGUGUUGCAACCGUAUAGUUUAAAGGCAAAGCAUGAUGGUUCAAUAGCAAAUUUUGGAGUACCAGAGUAUGGAGGAUCAAUGGUGGGUUCAGUGGUUUAUCCUGAUCAUAAUAUUAAUGCUUGUAAGAGUUUUGAUGGUGUUAAGCCUUUUAAAUCUCAUACCUCAAGACCUAGUUUUCUCCUUGUUGAUCGUGGAGAAUGCUACUUUGCCCUGAAAGCAUGGAAUGCACAACAAGCUGGAGCAGCAGCAGUUUUGGUUGCAGAUAGCAUAGAUGAAGACUUAAUAACGAUGGACUCGCCGGAGGAAACUAGUGAUGCAGAUGGGUUCAUUGAUAAGCUUGAAGUCCCUUCUGUUCUCAUUGAGAAAGACUUCGGCGAUAGCUUAAAAGACGAAUUGAAGAAGGGUAAUGAAGUUGUGGUAAAACUAGACUGGUCAGAGGCAAUGCCAAACCCAGAUGGUCGGGUUGAAUACGAGCUGUGGACUAACAGCAACGAUGAAUGUGGGAUUCGAUGCAAGGACCAGAUGGAUUUUAUUAAGGACUUUAAGGGUCAUGCACAGAUUCUUGAAAAGGAGGGUUAUACACUAUUUACCCCUCAUUACAUAACUUGGUAUUGUCCUGAGCCAUUUCUACUCAGCAGUCAGUGCAAGUCACAAUGUAUAAACCGAGGAAGGUAUUGUGCUCCUGACCCUGAGCAGGAUUUUGGGGAAGGAUAUGAAGGGAAGGAUGUUGUGUUUGAGAAUUUGAGGCAGCUUUGUGUUCAUAGUGUUGCGAAAUCUGAGAACAGGUCAUGGGUUUGGUGGGAUUAUGUUACUGAUUUCCAUAUUCGGUGUUCCAUGAAGGAGAAGAAAUACACUAAAACAUGUGCUGAGGAUGUCUUGAAGUCUCUUAAUCUUCCGGUUGAUAAAAUUGAAAAGUGCAUGGGAAAUCCAGAAGCUGAUGCAGAUAAUGAAAUAUUGAAAAAUGAACAAGACAAGCAGAUUGGAAAAGGAUCACGCGGUGAUAUCACUAUAUUGCCCACAUUGGUUAUCAACGAUGUGCAAUACAGAGGCAAACUGGAGAGAAGUGCUGUACUGAAGGCCGUAUGUUCUGCCUUCAAGGAAACAACUGAUCCACCAAUAUGUUUGUCAGGAGGAAUUGAGACUAACGAGUGUCUUGAAAACAAUGGUGGAUGCUGGCAGGAUACACAAGCCAACAUCACAGCCUGCAAGGACACAUUCCGAGGAAAAGUUUGCGAAUGUCCUCUUGUGGCAGGAGUUCAGUAUCAAGGAGAUGGUUAUACAACAUGCAAAGCUCAUGGACCGGGCCGAUGUAACAUAAACAAUGGUGGUUGCUGGUCAGAAACAAGGAAUGGCAAGACUUUCUCGGCUUGUUCAGCAUUAGAUCUUUCUGGCUGCAAUUGCCCGGAAGGCUUCCGUGGAGAUGGCCACAAGUGUGACGACAUUGAUGAAUGCAAGGAACACGCUGCUUGCCAGUGCUCUGGAUGCAGCUGCAAGAAUACAUGGGGUGGUUAUGAUUGCAAGUGUGGAGGAAAUCGCUUGUAUAUGAAGGAUCAAGACACAUGCAUAGAAAGAAGCUCCUCAAAGUCUGGAUGGUUCCCAACUGUCUUAGUGCUAGCCGUCUUGGCUGGUUUCGGCUCAGCUGGGUAUAUAUUUUACAAGUACAGACUCCGGUCUUACAUGGACUCUGAGAUAAUGGCUAUCAUGUCCCAGUAUAUGCCCCUUGACAGUCAAAAUCCCAGAAAUGCUGAAACCCAAAACUCGGAGAUUGAACCUCUACGGCAACAUUCUUCAGUUUGAAUCAACUAAAAUGUAGAAGAACGAGUUUUGAUGUGUAGAUAUGUGAAGGAGAUACAUAACGUUUUAGAGCAUCCAUAGUUGGUUGAUUAUACAAAACACAAUUAUGUACACGAUAAUGAGCUUUUUUCUUAUCGCAUGUAAUGCAUAUAUAUAGCACUGUUAAUUUGAAAACCGAACCAUGAAA